AUGGCAGCGCCUCAUCGCCCCCGCGUAUUCCUGGAGAUCAGUAUCGGAAACGAACCGGCCGGCCGCUUGACCAUCGAGCUCUUUGCUGAUCAGGCUCCCAAGACAUGCGAAAACUUCCGCGCUCUCUGUGCUGGUUCACACUCAAAUCUCAACUAUGCGCUCAGUCCCUUCCACCGCGUGAUUGAUGAGUUCAUGGUCCAAGGUGGAGACAUCACACGCGGUGAUGGUACAGGUGGUGAUAGCAUCUACGGUGGAGACUUCGAAGAUGAGAAUCUGGGUUGGCGCGAGAUGGAUGCUGCCGGUCUGGUGUGCAUGGCCAACCGUGGAAAGGCCACCAACAGCAGUCAGUUUUUCAUAACUCUCGAUUCAUGCCCUCACCUCAACAACAAACAUACCAUCUUCGGACGCCUGGUCGGCGGAGAGGAUACACUUGCUCGUAUGUCCAAGGUCCAAGUCGACAAGGAUGACAAGCCUCUGGAGCCUGUUCUAAUCGCACGCUGCGGAGAACUCGAGCGCAAGAAGAAAGCACCCAUUGCAUCUCCCGAACCCGCCAGCAAAGACAGAGGUCGAAGGAACAGACGCGGAAGCUCUGCCUCUCCCUCUCGCUCCCCAUCUCCACGACCUGAAAAGAGCCAGCGCGUACGAAGAAAGAGCGAUCACAUAAUCGAUGAGAAUCUGCGCGGCAGAGUACGUGCAAGGUCUGAUGAUGAUGACGGAGAGUCUUCUGCAAAGGAACGUGCCAUCGAGUCAGAUUCGCAAAGUCCGGACAGCAGACACAAGCGAAAGCGCAGCCCUAGUCCAUCGCGCGGAUUUGAAAGGAAGAAGGCCAGCCGCGACACCAGCAGAAGCCCAGUAGAUUCGCGCCGAAGGAGAAGAAGCUUGCCGAAUCAAUACUACGAUCACGAUGCACCGAACCGGUCCAACGACGGUGAUCGUAGACGGCCCAGGGAUAACGACCGGUAUAGACCCAACGGCGGCAACGAAAACAGACAGUAUAACAGAGAUGGUGGAAGAAGAGCUGGAAGAAAUUCAUAUCGUCCACCGCCGAGGCAAGAAGAAGGACGUCUAGGAGGAGAUACGUACGGCAGUGCUGGCACAGGAGCAGGCGACGAGAACGCCGUCAAGUUCAAGGGCAGAGGCCACAUGAAGUUCAGAGAGCCCGAUAGACGUUGGUAA